AGCUGAGGAAAUGACGAAUCAGUUUCCGAUGUUCCGGUUCGCGACUCUAAUGGCACGACAACUCAGUUCGCCCAUCGCUGCACGAAUUAAGAGGUAUGCUGUCUCACAUCCACGCUUCGGCACCGCAGUGUGCAUUCGUAUCGCUAAUCUAUUCCACUGGUGUGAGUGGAACGCCCGCGCGUGGACGCUGCGGCUUGCAGGCAUCACGCUGCCGGCGACAGCGCGACCACCUCCACUGCCCGUUCGCACGGCGGUCAAUCUAGGUGGCGAUCUGUUAGGUGAGAUCAUAAUUUUUUCCUUGAGUUCACUUAUAAUUAUUUUCGAAGUCAAUCGUCAGGCAAAUAAACAAGAGGAUAAGGUGUUAAACGAGAAGUCACAGUGGUUGGCGAUCGCGUUGUCUCUGGAGGAGCUACAACGCGAGCUGACUCUGCAACAACUCGACAUCGAGCACUUGCGCUCUACGCUGCUGCAACUGAGGUCUCUCCAAGAGCAAGAUAAUAGUCCCUCUGAACGACGCUAAAGUGGGGCGUGAACCAUUCAACUUCAUCAAUGACCUUCAUUAAUUUUAAUUUUGUAAUUAAUAUUUUUGUGUGAAUUUUAUAUCAGUCUUAGGUUUUUCUGGUUUAUUUAUUCUUUUGUUUGUGUGUUCAAUAAAGAUGUUUAGGGUCGCCACACAAGGGCCACCGGCCACAACCACAAAACGCCGCCAUGAAAAGCUAGAAGUGGCAACAAAGGUAACUGAAGAGCACGACAGGCACUUGUGGCCGGUGGUCGACACUUGCGGUCACUGGCUGCUACUUUUUUAAGCCAUGGGACUCAAACAGGUUACCUGAGGUAAGGGAGAGAGGAGUGGGGAAUUGCGCGAGUAGCGUGUGGCGGCGUUUUGUGUCGGAGUUUAGUGGCCGGCGCGGGUCACGACGAUUUGUAGAGAGUAGUGGCCACCGGCGUCAAACAUGUGCAGCGAGUCCAUAUAAAAUGUGUGAAAACUACAGAAAAUAUGCCGGUGGCGGCGUUUUGUGGUUGUGGCUGGAGGCCCGUGUGUGUGGCAAUCCUUAGGGUCGUGGCAAGUGGCUGUCGCGCGCUUCAACUAUCUUUGUGGCCACUUCUAGCUUCUCAUAGCGGCGUUUGUGGCUGUCGCGUGUGGCCCGUAUGCGGUGACUAUUAUUAUUAUUAUUAUCUGCUUAUAAGUCUAACAGCUUUCCUGCAAUAAAUAAAAUAAUGAAACAAAUUUCAUACAAGUUUUUUUAAAUAUUAAAAUAAAAUUAAGAAAACAUACUAUUGAAGUUACACGACUUUCAUUUCGGUUAGUUACCAGGGGGACACGAACAGCCAAAUGUAACGAAAUAUGUUACCGCAAGGUCACUAAUUACUUUGGAACUAUAACACCUACAGGCAUUUUUUAUUACUAUUCAAAAGUUAGAAGCCGUUUUUCGGAAGUGCACAAUAUGCCGCUGUCAUCGCGCACAGUGUUAAUUUAGUGACUGGCCGCACGCCCCGACUUCAUCCGGGUUGAACAGCUAUGUCUUAGUAGAUAACUUAUCUUAGUAGAUAGAAAGAAAACAUCGAGAGGAAAUCUGCAUGGGUCUUAUUUCACUGAAAUUCUGCCAUAUGUGUUUUCCACCGAACCGCAUUCAAGCUCCAAAUCUUCUCCUCAAACAUGGAGAGUAGAUCUUAGCCCAGCAGUGGGGUAUUCACAGGCUUUUUCUAGUCAGGCUGACGCCUGCGUCUGUUUACUGAGCAGAAUCGACCCUUUCCCGUUUCCGUACGGUCUUUCACGACGAUUACCUGUGGAGGAUCGCCGACAUGACUGCUCGCAGUUAGAAGUCUCGUCCGAAUAUGCUGACCACGAUCUUUCUCUACGCGAUCCAGGUGAGGCAAGACUCGACAGUAUGCUGGGAGGUGUCUCAGUGCACGUAACAGUGGUGGCAUAUCGUCAUCACUUCGUGUCUGAUCUUACACAGGUAUCCAGCGAAGUAACCGUGACCAGCAUAAAGGAGGCGAAUUUUAGCCCUCAGUCCCCCAAUAUUAGGUUGUGCAUGGCACCCACUAUCUUCUAGAUCCGAGCGACUAGACGCUUGAAGUGCUUUUCUAAGCCAUAGCCAGACCCAAAGAGGAUCGAGUUUAAGUAAAGUGUAACUUAAGCUUAGAUUACAA